AUGAUCGAUUCGUCAGCAGAUAUACCUUCGAUACUGAAACUUCAGUAUCUGUUGUCAUCAUUGAAGAGUGAGGCGGCGCUGCUGUUCGAGCAUACCACAUUGACCGCGGACAACUAUGCGACCACCUGGGCCGCGCUGCUGAAACGGUAUGAUAACCCGCGCAUGUUAGUCCGUGAUUAUUAUCGAACAUUGCAUCACCUUCCCGCGAUGCAUGAAGGAUCUGUGGAUGAAUUGGCGCAGCUUGUGGACGAGUUCACGCGGCACGUGAACGGUUUAAGAAAGCUGAAGGAACCGGUUGACAACUGGGACACUCCCCUCACCACAUUGCUGUUCUUCAAAUUGGAUUCAUCAACCAUCCUAGCUUGGGAAAAGCAUUCAUCGGCCAGCCCCAAGGAUAAGUAUUCAGAUCUAAUCGAUUUCCUGCAGGAUAGAAUCCGAAUCCUUCGUUCGUCCCAAACGUUAGCGAAGAUAUCUGAAUCGAAACAAACGCCGGUGGUACGGUCGUGCAAUUCCGUCUUCCGUUGCAACAAGUGCAACGCACGUCAUCACAGCAUGUUGCACGACGAUUCACCGCCACAGGUAACCAUGAACGUAGGUUCGAGCAAUGAAAUUGUGGUUCUCGAAACGGUGGUUCUCUGGUUAGUCGAUGACCAUGGCAUUCGGCAUGAAGCACGAGCGUUGUUGGAUUCAGGAUCCAUGUGCAAUAUCGUGUCCGAAUCCCUAGCGCGGAAGCUGCUGACACGUCGUACAAAGAUCAACGUUGCAUUGACAGGUAUCGGUGAGGGUGUUCAGCAAGCCAAGGGUUCGAUCAUCGCAACGGUGCAGUCAAAGUCAGCGCCAUUUUCGUCGCCACUUGAGUUCCUGAUAGUGAACUCCCCUUGUGCUGAGAUACCGACUGCCCCAAUCGAUGUUGCUGGUUGGAAAUUCCCUGACGUUCCGUUGGCUGAUCCUGCCUUUAACCUUCCUUCAAGAGUUGAUGUGAUCAUUGGGAGUGACGCAUAUUGGGAAUGGCAUACCGGAAAGAAGCAGUUACUGGUCAAAGGCGGUCCUUGGAGCCAUGAGUCUCUCGAUACAUUGCUGCAACGGUUUUGGGAGAACGAGACCAAUCUAGAGGGACCCGCUCUCUCGCUUGAGGAAGAUGCUUGUGAGAAGCAUUAUGCUGCCACUACAACGCGUGAUCACCAUGGUCGUUACAUCGUUUGUCUGCCUCGUAAUCCCAGAGCAGAUAUAGUAUUGGGUUCAUCAAAGGAGAUUGCGGAUCGACGACUGAUGGCUGUGGAGCGGCGAUUGAAGAUCAACCCUGAAAUGGAGAUGGAAUAUAAGCGUUUCAUGCAAGAGUACGAGGAACUUGGUCACAUGCGAAAACUUACCGAACCAGUGGAUGAUAGUGUUCCGCAUUGUUAUAUUCCUCACCAUGCGGUGGUGAAGGAAUCGAGUACAUCCACAAAAGUACGGGUCGUGUUUGACGCGUCCUGUAAAACGAGCUCGGGAUACUCCUUAAACGAUACGUUACUAGUUGGCCCAAUUGUCCAGGAAGAUCUACUAACGAUUAUAUUGCGAUUCAGGUCCUACGCAAUCGCAUUAGUGGCCGAUGUGGAAAAAAUGUACCGGCAAAUUCUCCACAACAUCAUCGAUCGGAAUCUGCUACGUAUCAGGUACCGAAAGAGCCCCCUGGAUCCGAUAUCGACCUACGAGCUGAAUACCGUUACUUACGGCACGGCGUCAGCUCCAUUCCUCGCCACUAGAACGCUCCAGCAGGUUGCGCAUGACCACAAAGAUCAAUUCCCGAAGGCAGUUGAUCCCGUGUUACGUGAUUUUUACGUCGACGAUCUACUAACAGGAGCGACUGACCUUAACGAAGCAGUAGAAGUGCGAAAGCAAAUCACCGCAAUGCUCGAUUCAGCUGGUUUCGCAUUGAAAAAGUGGGCAUCUAACGUUCCAGAAUCGCUUCUAGAUGUCCCAUGUGAAGAUCUUGCGAUUCAAUCAAUGCACGAGUGGAAGGAUGGUCAAGCUGUUUCGACGCUGGGGCUGGUUUGGGAACCCGCCAACGAUUCGUUUUCCUUCAAGGUUGGCCUUCCACAACCAGCUGAAGUAUUAACGAGAAGCUUGAUCUUGUCGUACACGGCAAGCAUAGUCGACCCACUUGAAUCGACGGACAACAUUGUGACGGUGCAAUUGUUAGCAGCGAAGUCGAAAGUGGUUUCAUUGGCGAAUACGCACUCGAUCGCCAGGUUGGAAUUGUGCGCCGCACGAUUAGCAACCCAACUGUUCCAGAAGGUGAGUCGAACGUUACCGGCAUCUACGAUGGCCUUUUGUUGGACCGAUUCAAUGACGGUAAUGUAUUGGCUGGAUUCUCCACCACGUCGAUGGAAACCAUUUGUCGCCAACCGAGUGGCGCAGAUACAGGAAGAAACGCGGAUAGCUGAGUGGCGUCACGUUCCUGGUUGUGAUAAUCCAGCAGACGACAUAUCACGGGGUCUGAAGCCGGAGGAGCUGCGUAAUUGUGAACGUUGGUGGCAUGGGCCUCGUUGGUUGGCUUACAGUCAUGAUGCAUGGCCAAAUCAUCCACCAGCAGUGAAGGAGAAUGACGGUGUCAUCGAAGAACGGGCGACGGCGUCACGGAUUGUCACAGUUUCUACGAGGUGUGAGUUCCGUGACAAACUGUUCGAGCGAUACUCAUCAUACUACAGGCUGAGACGAGUUGCAGCUUAUUGUUUACGCUUCAUGGAGUGCAUCAAGGGAGCCAACAAAUCAUCGAGAGUAAGCUGCAAGGAUGCGCCAGACAUCGAGGAGAAGAGUGUUCCACCGCUUACAGCCACGGAACUACGUCGGGCCGAACUGAAGUUAUGCCAGUUAGCCCAAAGGGAUUCGUUCGCGGAGGAGCUAAAGGUCUUAGCUCAAGAGAAGCAUGUUUCCGACAAAUCGAAGCUGAAGUGGUUGUCACCGCGGCACCAUCGACGGGACAAAGAUUUCAAGAGCAAAAAAGAUUAA